AAUUUCUUCAAUAGAAGCGGAGUAGCUGCCAGAAAAACCUUUCACCGGUCUCGCCGUUUACCCGGAGAUCGCAGCCAUGGCGGACAAAGCAGUCACCAUCAGAACGAGGAAGUUCAUGACCAACAGGCUUCUUUCCAGGAAGCAAUUCGUUAUUGAUGUUCUUCACCCAGGGAGAGCAAAUGUCUCAAAGGCUGAACUGAAAGAGAAGUUAUCAAGGAUGUACGAGGUCAAGGACACGAACUCCAUUUUUGUUUUCAAAUUCAGAACUCACUUUGGAGGUGGUAAAUCUACUGGGUUUGGGUUGAUCUAUGAUACGGUUGAGAAUGCAAAGAAAUACGAACCCAAAUACAGGCUCAUCAGGAAUGGACUUGACACCAAGGUCGAGAAAUCAAGGAAGCAAAUGAAGGAAAGGAAGAACAGAACAAAGAAAAUCCGUGGUGUUAAGAAGACCAAGGCCGGUGAUGCCGGGAAGAAGAAGUGAAGUGAGACACACUAAAAACAGGAACUGCGGUUUUGUUCUCCGUCUCAUGUUUCCAUGUCUGCAAUUAGAUUGUUGGCGACCUACACCAUUUACUGCAUCAUGGUUUUGUGUUUUUCUUGUUUGAUCUAAAAUUGGAUCUGGUUUUUAUGGUUAGAAAACAAGGAUAUUUAAGAUUUUGUUAUCCAUGGAUUAGAUCAUGGUUCGUGUGAUUUGAUGUUCUGAUGAAUCUGAUCUACCCAUGGGUUCUUGAGCUUA